AAACCGUAUGGAAUCCAGGAGGCCUUCAUGGAGGCGCUUUACUCAGUGCUGGAUGAGGGGAAAGUGGGAAUCUUCGAGAGUCCAACUGGCACGGGGAAGUCUUUAAGUUUAAUUUGUGGAGCAUUGAAAUGGCUGAGAGAUUUCGAGGAGAAGAAAAAGGAGGAGGCUGCAAAGAUUUUGCAGCCCAAAGAGAGCAUGAUGUCAGGUGAGAGUGGAAGAGGAGGAAAAGAUGGGGAUGGAAUUCAGGUAAAGCUGGAAGAGGAAGGGAGCAACAAAGGUGCUACUGGAGAGCUGGACUGGAUAUCAGAGUUUGUGCAGAAAAAAACAGAGCAAGAUCUGGUGAACAAACUGAAGGAUGAGGAGAUGAAGCGGAAGAAAAGAGAGGACCGUCUGGAGAUGAUCAGACACAAUGCUCAGCUUAAAUAUGCCAUGAAGAGAAAAAACAACGUUGAUCAUGAGACAGAACAGUUGCUGCAGCUCAGCAAGCAGGACCUGGGAUCUGAUGAUAAACCUCCAGAUGAAGAAGACGAGGGGCUUAUUGUUGCAGAUUAUGAAAGUGAUGAAGAAGGAAUGCCCAAAAACAGGAUAUGUGAUGAGUAUGAUGACGAUGAUGAUCUGGAAGAAGAGCAUGUGACUAAGAUUUAUUACUGCAGCCGGACACACUCUCAGCUCGCCCAGUUUGUUCAUGAAGUGCAGAAAAGUCCUUAUGGGUCCAGCAUCAACUUGGUCAAUUUGGGUUCUAGACAGAAUCUGUGUGUUAAUCCAGAUGUGGUACGACUGGGGAGCGUUCCACUUAUUAAUGAUCGCUGUAUGGAGCUGCAGAAAAAUAAACAUGAUAAGCAGAAAAAAGAGGACUCUGAACCUAAACGUCGCCGUGGUACUGCUAAAGCGACCUGCCCUUUCUCUAGCUUUGAGAAGUUGAUGUCGAUGCGAGACGAGGUGCUGGCAAGCAUAAAAGACAUCGAACAGCUCUUGCAGCACGGCCGAGAAUCCAAAACCUGUCCUUAUUACAGCACACGGCUCUCUAUUCCUGCAGCUCAGGUGGUGGUGUUACCUUAUCAGUCAUUACUGCAUUCAGCUACUCGCAAGGCAUCUGGGAUCAAACUGAAGGAUCAGAUAGUCAUUAUUGAUGAAGCUCACAACCUGACUGAUACAAUUACAUCACUACACAGUGCUGAUGUUAAUGGAGCACAGCUCUGUAGGGCUCAUUCACAGCUAUUCCAGUACUGUGAGCGAUACAGGAGCCGCCUGAAGGCCAAGAACCUGAUGUACAUUAAACAGAUCCUGUUUGUGCUUGAGGGGCUUGUGCGGACUCUUGGAGGAAAAGUUGGACUGAAUCCUGUAACUCAAAGCACACAGUCAGGAACUGAACUUCUGACCAUCAAUGACUUUCUGUUUAGAGCCCAGAUAGAUAACAUAAACCUGUUCAAGGUUCAGAAAUAUUUUGAGAAGAGUAUGAUCAGCAGAAAGCUGUGUGGAUUUUUAGAGAAGUAUGAGGGAAGUGGGGUGAAGCUAAAUUCAGAUCAGAUGAACAAAGAGAAUCGCAGAACUGAAGGACUUGGACGCUUCCUCCAGAGUCUUCACAGCAAACCUACAGCUUCUUUAGAGCAACCGAGUGCAGUUGAAGACAGACCAACUAUGGCCUCCCCAAUGAUGUUGGUGGAAAGUUUUCUUCUUGCUCUCACCAGUGCCAACAAAGAUGGGAGAGUAGUGAUGGAAAAACAAGCUUGCCUGGCUCAGAGUAAUGUAAAAUUUCUCAUGCUGAAUGCAGCAGUUCCUUUUGCACAAGUUCUUCAAGAAUGUAGGGCUGUCAUCAUUGCUGGAGGAACCAUGCAGCCUGUCUCUGUCUUUAAGGAGCAGCUUUUGCUGUCUGCAGGGGUCAGUAAGGAGCGCAUUGCUGAGUUCUCCUGUGGUCAUGUCAUUCCUCCAGAGAAUAUCCUACCCAUACUUCUCUGCGCUGGGCCCUCUGGACAAGAGCUUGAAUUUACCUUUCAGACUAGAGACACACCACAGAUGAUGGAAGAGACUGGGCGCGUCCUGUCCAACCUAUGUAACGUGGUCCCAGGAGGCAUAGUCUGUUUUUUCCCCUCUUAUGAGUAUGAGAGGAAGAUUCUGGCACACUGGGAGAGUAACGGUGUCCUUCAACGACUUGCAGCUAAAAAGAAGAUUUUCCAGGAGCCAAAGAAAGCCAGUCAGGUGGAGCAGGUGCUGUCGGAGUAUUCCAAGUGUAUCCAGCUAUGCAGCACUAAUGGAGGAAAUCAGACUGGAGCUCUGUUGUUUUCUGUGGUUGGAGGAAAGAUGAGUGAAGGGAUAAACUUCUCCGAUGACUUGGGCAGGUGUGUUGUGAUGGUUGGAAUGCCGUAUCCUAACAUCAAAUCCCCUGAGCUGCAGGAGAAGAUGGCAUACCUGGACAAGCACAUGCCUCAUGUGGAUGGCAAAAGUCCUGGCAAAGCUUUAAUAGAAAAUCUGUGCAUGAAGGCUGUCAAUCAGUCUAUAGGUCGGGCAAUCCGUCACAGUGGUGAUUACGCUUGUAUCGUACUGUGUGACCGGCGCUACUCGCGUACCGGCACGUUCCAGAAGCUUCCAGAGUGGAUUCGAAGCAGCACCUGCACUCACAGCAGCUUCGGUCCUGCCUUUGCCAGCAUCAGGAGGUUUUUCCUGGAGAAGAAGAAAACACAGUAGCUCUAAGCAGAACCUGGAAGGACCCCAAUUCAACUUCUUGUUCUAAAGGAGCUUGUCAAGAAACUUACUUUGUACGUAUGACAUGAAUUUAAUUGCGAUUCUACAAAAGCCUUGUAAAUAAUAGAUUAAUAUUGCUUCAGCUUUUUGCAUUUGUUAAAGUGCUUUUACGUGUUUUCGAAUUUUGUGUUCAGCCCUCGUGUUCCAGUAAGUUAAACUCAGAUUGUUGCAGUUUGCAAGUCUAUUUAAAGAGCUCAGUUGUAAAUGUACACUAUAUGACCAGAUGUAUGUGUGUAUACACUCCUCUGAUUAUUAAAUUCAGCCACACUUUUUUCUAAGAGGUAUAUAAAAAUAUUCACAUAAAACUUAUGAUUACAUUUUCAGGAAGGCACUUUUCUGUUCCAGUUUGACUGUGUCCCUGUGCACAAAGUGAGAUUAAUAAAGUC